UUAUAAUCAGGGUUAUUGUUUUAAUUUGACGAUUAAAUUAUUGACACCAAUCCAGAGCUCACUCAAAUAACUAUAACAAAACUUUUCUCCUAACCAGAAAGCAAACUGAAAACAAAACAAAACAUCACCGUUCGAGUACUCACCCGUGUAAAUACGCAAAUUAACAGGGCUCGACCGAACGGUAGGUGUAUCGUAAUUUGCCCAUUAGCACAAAUGAUCAAGCAAAACUGGCACCAGCCGAUUGGACUCACACCUGCGCCAUCAUCGGUAUGUCAUUGAAUGAUCAUUCAGUCCUGCAGGUUAUCACCAAUAGCGCCAGCGAUACGUUUGAGUGGCGGGCUGGAUCGAGCCCCCUUCUUCGUCCAGGCCAGACCUAUUAAAAUGAAUGAAACACACAUUGCGGGAAUGCUGUCCAGAACUUUACCAGCAUACUUGAGGAUCAGUUCGGUGCUAACGACCCACCGCACUACAUCUCAGGUUAUGCAAAUGAGACGAAAAUAAAUUCGGGCAUAUUUUUCGGUUGUUUGCUUUUUCUAGCCAUCGCAUGACAAGCCUUUAAAUCUACAAUGCGCACCUGGCAUCCCGAUUCAGUUGCUAUCGAGUUCAGCUACCGUCAGGGUCGUAUGAAAUUUGCUGUCCCCUGUCCCGUGUACGAGCAAUUCCCUCCGGCUAAAUGAAGCGAAGUCACUGUCUAUUGUUGUUGAUCGGUACUUUAGCAUGUCUGAAAGGAUUCUAUUCAGUUCCACGCGACUGGUGUGUUGAUCGAGAUGGCUUUCCCGGGCGGUGUGUUAGGUUAUCGAAGUGUAAGGCACUUGCAGACAUCUACAAGCUUCCAGCGAAAGCACGGCGCUAUAAUACACGCCUAACGGAUCUAAUUUGUAGGCCAUAUACGAAAAAUCCUUACGUGUGCUGUGUAGAUCAUAGCGAUAACUGGGAUCUGCAGAAUCUCCAAGCAAACCUGGUUGAAACGACAUCCAAUGCUCCAGUGACGACACCUGCACCGCAGCUAGAAAAUUUAAACGGCAAUAUCCAGCUAACGGAUAUCGGUGAGUUUCCGUGGUCGGCUUUAAUUCAGUACAGUAAACCACAGGGCUUUCUUGGGUUCCACUGUGGAGGUACCCUCAUCAACGAACGUUUCGUUGUAACGGCCGCUCACUGCAUUAACGCGAUUCCACCGAUUUGGAAAGUAUAUCGCGUUCGACUAGGUGAAUAUGAUACGAAAAAUCGGGAUGCUGAUUGUGCCAAUGGACACUGCGCCGAUAUGCCCAUGGACGUUGAGGUAGAUCAGGUUGUGGUCCAUCAGAACUACACCACCCGCCAGGUUAGUCAGUACAACGACAUCGCCCUGAUCAGACUUAUGCAGAGUAUUCGGAUGACAGCAUUCGUGCAGCCGAUUCAACUUCCACCCAAUCAGAUGGGAGACAUGAUGACCGACAGUAUGAUGAAGAUGCCUGUUGUUUCCGCAGGCUGGGGAAGAACGAAAACCGCGAGUGCCAGUAACGUGAAAAUGAAGGUUCGUCUGGAUAUCAACGAUUUAAGCUUCUGUGCAGAAGCCUACCGGCAAGCCGGCGCGGAGCUUUCCGACACGCAGUUGUGUGCCAGCGAAUGGCAGGGAACCGGAGUCUGUAGCUGUGAUUCCGGGGGACCACUGAUGGUACAGAUGGACGAACAGUUCUACCUAGUCGGAAUUACCAGCUUUGGGCCAGUCAACUGUGGAAUGAAAAACAUGCCAACAGUGUAUACGAAUGUGUUAAAGUACAUUAACUGGAUCGGGAAUAAUUUGAAAUAGUGUCAUUGGUAGAAAGCUACACCGAGUGCCGUAUAAUACUGUCGAGUUUACCGUUAAAAAUCGAAAAGUUUUUUUUUGUAUUGUAGAGUAAAUUAAUAUGCACUUCCAGAAGUGAUGAAUAGAAUAAUUAUUUUUGCAGAACUAGGAUUUUCGAAUAGAAUCGAUGCCGUCUAUUAAAUGUUUAGAUGUAAUCAAUAAUGAUGUUCAGAGG